AUGAUUAGAACUUCAGUUCCAUCUGACGUCACAGCCAGCAUAAGCGAUCUCCAACAAGUAUGUCCUAGUUCUGUGGCUGCACCAUCUCACGAGAUACCCAGUAUUACACUGACGAAGGCACCAAGUAUUUUACCGACAAGGAUAUUCAGUAUUACACAGACAAAGAUAUCCAGUAUUACACCGACAGAGAUAUCCAGUAUUACACCGACAGAGAUAUCCAGUAUUACACCGACAGAGAUAUCCAGUAUUACACCGACAGAGAUAUCCAGUAUUACACCGACAGAGAUAUCCAGUAUUACACCAACGGAGAUAUCCAGUAUUACACCGACAAAGAUACCCAUUAUUACACCGACAAAGACAUUCAGUGGUACAACUGCAACGAUAGCCAGCACAUCUACAAGUACACUGAUGGUUCCUAGCUACCUACAACCUAGCAGCCCGGAAUCAGUGCCGGCCGCAAAAACGUCGUCCGAGUCGACACCUCCUCUUCCGAGUGUCGUCACUUCCGUGAGUCUGGAGAAAACGUCACUUCCGACAGUUUCAGAAACAGUAUCAGCGUCAUGCACCGAAUGCCCUUGUAUACAAAGCACCUCGGUAAUCCAAGCGGAGAUGGAAGAGAGCAUCAGAAAAUUAAAAGAGCAGCUUCGUGUCAACCCCAAAAAGCUGUCUUUGUACAAGCGUAAACUGACGAGUGCCUCGGACGACCGAAAAUCCGCUGCCAACAUCGGUUAUGUGGCCGCUUUGAUGCUAUGCAUUAUUCCUGGGUUCGUCAUACUUCUGGAUAUGGGCAGACUAACACGAGAGUUCAAGCAGUUCAUCUCGCGCCUCAGAGACUCCGGUCAAGAUGACCUGAACACUCCUGACAAACAGAACAAAAAUCAAGCGGAAUCUCAACACUCCAGAAAAGCAUUAAUCCAAUCAAGCGGACCUGAACACUCAAGACAAAUAGAACUCCAAUCACGUGGACCUGAACACUCAAGACAAGCAGAGCUCCAAUCAAGUGGACCUGAACACUUCAAAUCAGCAUUAUACCCAAAAAGCCGACCUGCACGUUCCAGACAAAACGAACUCCAAUCAAGCCGACCUGCACGUUCCAGACAAAUAGAACUCCAGUCAAGCGAACCUGAACACUCCAGACAAAUAGAACCCCAAUCAAGCGGACCUGAACACUUCAAAUCAGCAUUAUACCCAAAAAGCCGACCUGCACGUUCCAGACAAAACGAACUCCAGUCAAGCGAACCUGAACACUCCAGACAAAUAGAAUUCCAAUCAAGCGAACCUGAACACUCCAGACAAAUAGAACUCCAGUCAAGCGGACCUGAACACUCCAGAUCAGCAUUGUACCAAAAUAGUCGACCUGCACAUUCCAAACAAACAGAACUCCAAUCAAGCGGAACCUGA